GCAUGGAUCACAUCGCUGUAUCCCACAUAUGCAAGUUAACAAUAAGAAGAGAGGGCUAGAAGGUGGAACUCAUCAUUUUUUUGUCCAAAAGAACAAUUCAAACUCUAGGGACUUGACUAGGCAUAUGGAGACCUUGGAUCAGAUGCUUGUGUCUAGUUGGUACAAUGUUCAUUCCUCGGUGCCCCCAUCCUUUGUGCAAUUACCAGAAAACAGGCCUGGCAGGGUGGUUAGUUCUUUGCAUAAGGCAAUACCGGUGAUUGAUUUUGGAGGACAUGACCUUGGUGAUACCACAAAACAAGUUUUGGAAGCCUCCGAGGAAUAUGGCUUUUUCCAGGUUAUCAACCAUGGAGUUUCCAAGGAUUUAAUGGACGAAACAAUGAACAUUUUUAAAGAAUUCCAUGCCAUGCCUCCCAAAGAGAAGGUAAAUGAAUGCUCCAAGGACCCAAAUGGAAGCUGCAAGCUUUAUACAAGUAGUGAGAAUUACAAGAAAGAUGCGAUUCAUUAUUGGAAGGACUCACUAACACAUCCUUGUCCUCCUUCUGGGGAAUACAUGGAGUAUUGGCCACAAAAACCAUCCAAAUACCGAGAUGUUGUUGGAAAAUACACAAGAGAAUUGAAGAAACUAGCCCUUAAAAUUUUGGAGCUGCUUUGUGAAGGGUUAGGGCUAAACCUAGGAUAUUUCUGUGGUGGACUAAGUGAAAAUCCAUCAGUGUUGGUUCAUCACUACCCUCCUUGCCCUGACCCAAGUUUAACACUAGGCUUAGCUAAGCACAGGGACCCUACCAUUAUCACCAUUUUGCUUCAAGAUAAGGAGGUUCAAGGACUUCAAGUCCUGAAGGAUGGAGAAUGGAUUGGAGUUGAGCCUAUUCCCAACGCUUUUGUGGUUAACAUUGGUCUACUCUUGCAGAUCAUAACUAAUGGAAGGCUUGUUGGUGCUGAACACCGAGCUGUGACGAAUUCGAGCAGUGCACGCACAAGUGUUGCCUAUUUCGUCUAUCCAUCAUUUGAAAGCAUCAUAGAACCUGCACAAGCUUUGAUCAAUGAAAGCACUCCAGCAAUAUACAAAUCCAUGACAUUCGGAGAGUUUCGUAGAAAUUUCUUUCAAAAGGGUCCCAAGAUUGAAGAAGAACUGCAAUAGCUGAAAUAGUGCGUACACAUAUGAUGUGUUCACUGUUCAAUGAAGCAUGUUGUCGAUUAUGACUUUGAAAAGUUUCUCCAGACAAAAGACUAAAGAAUUCAAUUAAUGGUGUAUAUGUAGUUUUAUUUUUAUAUAAUCCCUCUCAUGCGUAGGUUCUUUGUUUCACAAUUAAUGUCUUAUACUUAAAUAUGUAUCUUUUAAAAUGAUUAUUACAUAAGUAAACAAUCUA